UGCUGCAGUGAGUGGGCUGACCGGAAGUGGGUGCUGGGAUGAGUCCUCAGACCGGAAGUGGGCGCUGGGAUGAGUCCCGACACCGGAAGUGGGUGCCGGGCCGAGUCCUGUCACCGGAAGUGGGUGCUGGGAUGAGUCCUGUCACCGGAAGUGGGUGCUGGGAUGAGUCCUGUCACCGGAAGUGGGUGCCGGGCCGAGUCCUGAAACCGGAAGUGGGUGCUGGGAUGACUGUUCUGACCGGAAGUGGGUGCUGCGGCCCCGCGUUCCGGAACCUGCGCGUGGACCCCGCGGCGCGGCUGCUGACGUGGGACGGGCCCGAGGCGCGCGUGCGCUGCCUGCGCGGGGACGGGUUCGCGCAGCCGGAGCCCGCGGACGCGUCCGAGGAUCUGGAGGCCGCGGAGCCCGAGGAGACGGACGCGAACUCCUACACCAUCCGCAACCCCCCGCGCGCCUUCUCCCUGCAGCUGGGCAUGCGCAGAGCGCUGCAGGCCUGGGGCGCCUGGGGCCCCGCCCAGCGCGUCGCGUGCGUCCCCGCGUCGCCCCCCGCCGCGCCGCCGUGGCUGCCGGCCGCGCUGGGCAUGCUGGGAGCCGCGGGCGCCGCGCUGGCGGCGCUGCGCUUCCGCCGGAAGCUCUGCCCGCGCGUGCCUGAACCCCGACCCCUGACCCCUGACCCCGACGUCACCCCGACGCUGGCCCAGGAGGAGGAGUGCCCCGUGACCCCGCUGCGCGAGGAGGAGCGGGACGCGUGACCCCGGAAGUGGACGGGAGGGUCAAUAAACACAGCUGUCACUCAGGGCGACUCACUUCCGGCGGCGGGGAG